AUGGAAAAUGUGGAGGCCAGGCGUCGUGCUAGGGAGGCUUUUAAAGAUAUUCAGCUCUCAAUUGAUCAUAUCUUAUUCAAGGUGCCACAUGCUGGAUUGAAGAUGGAGCAGUCUUGUGAGGUUAAUUCUCGAGGGCUGGAAGGCUUCUCCUAUAGUUGGCUUCCGGAGACACGUCCAAAAGCUGUUGUCUAUUUUUGUCAUGGUUAUGGGGAUACAUGCACAUUUUUAGCUGAAGGGUUGUGCCUUGCAAAAGCAUUUGAAGUCUCAGACAAGCUAAUCCUUUCUUUCUUCAAAACAAAACCAAUUGUAAAAACUGUCCUUAUAUGUCUUCAUGGUUAUAUACCAAGUUUUGACAAGCUGGCAGAUGAUGUCAUUGAGCAUUACUCGAAACUUAAAGAUAGCGCAGCUGAAUAUGUUUUAGAUCUGGCUGAUAAAAGGCUUAGGCCAUGUCUUAAACUAGAGGAUAGCUAUUACUAUUCUUCUGAAUUUGUAAAGUCUGAUGUUACUUUUGGAAUUGUUCUGUACAUGUGA